CCUUCCUCGGGGGAGGUUGGAUUUCUCGUUCUGAUUUGGGCGGAAAGAUGUGGGGUUCUUUUUUUUUUAUUUUUUGAUUUUCCAUUUUUUUUUUACUUGUGUCGGUGGAAGGUUUCCUUUGUAUUAAAGCGGCUAUUUUGAUUCGGGUUUUUUGCUUUUUUCCGGAUCAGAACAUUAUUAAGCGUUGGGCUUUGCAUUAAAAAUUUUCCACUAAAAACUUGCCCUCCCUCAAUUCCAAAUUUUUGUUAACUAAUUUCUUCGACAAAUAAAUUUUUUGUGCAUUGUGCGUGCCUGCUUUGCUCUUUUGUCCCUUCCUUCCUCUGAUUGCUUGAGAGAUUUGCCCGGAGAGCGGCGUGCUUGCUUCGAUUUUAGCUUGUUCUAUUCCGUUCUCUCCUCGUUUCUUCUUCUUUGAAUUAAUUUGAGACUUAUCAAUUUUUGUUCCCUGCGCGAGCUAUGUAUGUGCCAAAUUAAGUGUUCUUGUUUGUUACCCUCAUUUCCUUUGGCCAAAUUCGCGAUGUCUCUCGUUUUUCGCUGACUCCGGACUCUCCGCCCCCAAUUCGUGUGGACGGUUUGUCUUCGAAAUGCCAAAUGCUAAGCUCCAACCAUAAGCCGGUAUUACUUGUUUUGGCUGCAUCCAUUUUCGCCUAAUUAAGCAACACAAAAAAAUUAGGCAAAAAAAAUAAAAAUAACUGGAACAUGCCAUGUGUAAGCAAUGCGAUGCUUUGUGUGUUGGCAAUGGUGCGCGUGUGAAAAGGGGAAGAAACCGAGGCUGAUUGGCGGUGGCAGCCUCUGCUGCAUUUGGCGUUCAAGGAGGAUAAGGUCCGAGAGCUUUGCGUGUUUCCCUCACAUGUUUCUGCCUUUUUUUAGGCAGGCAGUAUUUGAGCGGUUGUCUCCCGAGGAAGAGGAGGGAUUGCUAGUGUUGAUCCAUUGUAGUAACAGAGAGAGAGAGAGAGAGCCAAUCUUUUGAUGUUUUAGAGCAUAGGUGUUCUUUUUUGCAGUUCCAAUGGAUGCUAAGGGUGUUAAUGACCGGGAUGCUCUAAUUGAUCUGGAGAGUGGAAAUAACAUUGUUGUCGGCGAGCAUAACAACGGGGCGGAUGCCAAUUUUGCUGUUGCCCAAGAAAGAACAGCACCGAAUGGUUCAUGGAAUGGUGCCAUGGGCACCAAUGGAUGCCUGAAAGAUGAUGUAAAUCAUCAGCACAUGUGUUGCUGUCUGUCCUCUCCAGAUGCUGCUGCCAAAAAUGGAGAUGACCGGAAGUCUGAUGGGGAGGAGAAGCUGGGCCUUCUGGAUACUUCCGGAGGCGAGAAAACAAAGAAGAAGCGGUCCAAGAAGCCACCGCGACCACCACGGCCACCAACACCCACGCCAUUGGAUGUUUCCGACCAGAAGCUCCUCAAUGAGCUGAGUGAACUUGCUAUAUUGAAACGGGCAAGGAUUGAGCGGAUGAAGGCUUUGAAGAAGAUGAAGAACGCCAAACAUGGGUCUUCAAGUGGCAACUUGUUUCCCCUGAUCAUUACCAUUAUCUUCUGCCUCGUCAUACUCUGGCAAGGUUUUUUCUCACGAACGGGGUCGGCUGUGAGCUUCCAUGGAUCACCUGAAUCGUCCGUUAGAGCGCAUAGCAGUCUGAUCUCCAUUCGGUUCUACAAGAACAAUAAUUCUAAUAGCAGAUCUCGAGAGGCCAUAUCGGCAGCUCCCAAGAAUGCUGAGACACCAUCGAGGCUGGAGAUCCAUAGCAAAGCAAGAAAGAUCACGAGAUGAACAUUGCGCCCCGAGCAUGAUCCGCCAUCCAUGAUUGCCGUCGCCGCAAUGCCUCCCAACUUGGCCAUUUUGAAACCUCAUCACGUCAGGUUGAUGUAAAUUAUGAGAAUUUCAGUGCUUCUCGAGGCCGUCCUCACUGUAAAUGAUGAACUACUCUUUUAGUGUGGGUGUGUGCCCCCCUCUCUGGGUUCUAUGCUAACCAGUGGUGGUAAGAGCAAGCUGUCUUGUUACAAUAAUAAUAAAAUGUUGCUCUUAAUAAUAGUAGUAUGAUCUAGUCUAAUUACUGUUUGGCCCUGUAAUGCUGCAUCUGGUAGCAAUAAAAAUCAGAAGUGUGUGUUCUUGGCUGUUCAUCUGAACUCUGAAGAGAUGAGAUGAAAUUCUGAAACCCAGAUUAAUUCCAGUUGAGCUAAAA